AUGUCCCUCGAUACUCCUAAAUACCUUGCGGAGCUGUUCUCUAACAUCAGAGGACGUUCUAUCCCUUGGGAUGCUAACAUGAGGGCUGGUCUCAUUACCGAAUCGGAUAUUAAGAAGAUAAAGGCCAUCGAUAAAGUCUCGAAGGAGAAGCAAGUCAGCGUUGUUGAGAAGGAUGUGGACGGUUAUGCCUCACUUGUUCUAGGGCCACAGGGUGGAUUGAAAAAGGCGACUGAUGGCAAAAGAGUCGAUGUCGUGACGGUCGAGCUUCUGCUGACUUCUAGACCAGGCGUUCCUGCGUUUACGGAAUCCCUUUUGGCACUCCCUUCGCCUUUUUCUCACCUGCUAUCUCUCCUAUCACACACUGAUGAAACUGUACCCCUUCUCAGUUCUUCGGUUCUCACCGCAAUGCUUACAGCAUCCUUGAAAUCCUCUUCCAAACCUACCUCUGAUACCGAAGCUGCUCUCCCUCAACUAUAUCGCUAUCUCGCGGGUUUGACUAAAUCUCCAGAUGUUCAUCUUCAAGAUAUAGCUAUCCAGUCAUAUGUUUCCCUUUUGAGGAGUUCAUAUGCUAGAAUUACCUUCUGGGAACUCCAAGAGGAGACAGUUGCACCGAUUGUAAGAAUCUUGGAGAGCGCUGGAAGUCAAAACGGAAAUUCGAGUGAUAGAGGAAGCGUUUUGGGAAACCCUGCAACUGCACAAGGUGGUGUUGCUUUGCAGUUGUUAUAUCAUGUUUUACUCGUGAUCUGGGAGUUGACAUUUGAAGAGGUGGUUGCGGAGGAGAUUAACGCUAAGUACGACAUUAUUCCACCCAUAACAGACAUCCUCAGAUCGGCCUUCAAAGAAAAGAUAACGCGUUUAUGUCUUGCAACCCUGUCUAAUCUCGCUACAAAAUCGCCUUCGUUAAACCUUCCCCCACUUCUUCUUUCAAAUGUCCUUCCACACUUGCAGACAAUCUCGACACGAUUUACGUCAUCCUCAGACGCAGAACUCACAGCCGACCUCUCGACCCUGAUAGACUCCCUAGAAAAUUUCCAGUCCUCACAAACAACCCUUUCUUCGUACCGUCUUGAGAUUUUGUCUGGCCAUCUUCGCUGGUCGCCUCCGCACCGUAAUGAAGGUUUUUGGAAGAAGCAUAGUCGGGAAAUUCUCGAGGAUUCCGAACUUGUGAAGGCGCUCGCAAGAGUUUUAAGCACCAGCCAAGAUAAAACAGUCCUUGCCGUUGCUGCAAAUGAUGUCGGCGCUCUUGUAAGAGAGGUUUCAGGGGGUAGGAAGAAAUGGGAAGAGCUUGGCGUCAAGAACAGGGUUAUGGAGUUGAUGGGAGAUAGCGAUGCUGAAGUGAGGUAUGAAGCAUUGAAAGCAGUGCAAGGGUUCCUGGCGAAUGCUUUUAGCGGUUAA